AUGUCAAAACGUCGUAGACAGCCGACAUCGUAUGCUGGGUUCGAUGACGCUUUUGAUUCCGAUUCAGAAGCUACAGUAGGUUCCAGUGAUGAGGAGUUACCUGAACUACCUCGUUUGAAGCUGAACUGUGGCGAUCCUGACGAUGAGCUAGUUGUAAGAGAAGCCGCUAGCCUUCAUACGCAACGGACGUCAGACUCGGUGGCAAAUAUAUUUGGCAAAGGAGACUUUAGCUAUUUGGAUUUGAAGCCCGAUCAUGAGCAUCGCCCGUUAUGGAUCAACCCAGAGGAUGGGAGAAUCAUUCUAGAAUGCUUCUCCCCUUUGGCCGAACAAGCUCAGGACUUCCUCGUGACUAUUGCUGAACCUGUCAGCCGGCCUGCUCACAUUCAUGAGUACCGCAUUACCACUUAUUCGCUAUAUGCUGCUGUUUCAGUCGGAUUGGAAACUGAAGAUAUUAUCUCUGUUCUUAAUCGAUUAUCCAAAGUUCCGGUUCCUAAGAGCGUAGUGGCAUUUGUGCAUACAUGCACUGUUUCAUAUGGUAAAGUGAAGCUUGUUCUCAAACACAAUAGGUACUUUGUUGAGAGUGCGCAUGCUGAAAUACUUCAAAUGAUGUUGAGGGACCCUGUGCUCUCUAAUUUGCGAAUUGUGGGUGGCGAUCAAACGUUUCGUGAUGGACUUCUUGUGCAGCCCCGGCCUAUCAAUGAUCUUGUCAUUCCAGGGACACAUUCCGCAAGCACAAUCAAGCCGAUUGAUGGAUCAGUAACUCAGCAUCAGAAAGAAGGGGACGUUGGGGGCAUAUCGGCCCUGGUCAAUGUAGACAAAGACGACGAUGACGAUGAUACGGAAGCUGUGCACUCUUUUGAAAUAGCACCCGAAAGCGUAGAGGAGGUCAAGAAGCGCUGCCAAGAAAUUGAUUAUCCCGUUCUGGAAGAGUAUGAUUUCAGAAAUGAUACACGAAAUCCAAAUCUAGACAUUGAUUUGAAGCCUUCCACUCAAAUUAGACCUUAUCAGGAAAAAAGCCUAAGCAAAAUGUUCGGAAAUGGCCGUGCUCGUUCUGGAAUCAUUGUGCUUCCUUGCGGAGCUGGCAAAACUUUAGUUGGAAUCACCGCGGCGUGCACGAUCAGGAAAAGCGUUAUUGUCUUGUGUACAUCUUCCGUUUCAGUUAUGCAAUGGAGGCAGCAGUUUUUGCAGUGGUGCACUAUAAAACCGGAAGAUAUAUCUGUGUUUACGUCGGAGUCUAAGGAAAAGUUUCAAGGCGAGAGUGGUCUAGUCGUAUCAACUUACUCAAUGGUUGCCAACACACGGAACCGUUCACAUGACUCGCAGAAAAUGAUGGACUUUUUGACCUCGCGAGAGUGGGGAUUCAUCAUUCUCGACGAAGUACACGUUGUACCCGCCGCAAUGUUUAGACGUGUGGUCACUACCAUAGCUGCCCACACAAAGCUGGGUUUAACUGCGACCCUUGUUAGGGAGGACGACAAGAUCGACGAUUUGAAUUUCCUGAUUGGACCCAAGCUAUACGAAGCAAACUGGAUGGACCUGGCCCAAAAGGGCCACAUUGCCAAUGUCCAGUGUGCAGAAGUUUGGUGUCCCAUGACCUCAGAGUUCUACCAGGAGUACAUUGUGGCUGAUCCCCGUAAAGGUAUGCUGCUUUAUAUCAUGAAUCCAACUAAGUUUCAAGCUUGUCAGUUCCUGAUCGAGUAUCACGAAAGGCGGGGGGACAAAAUUAUUGUAUUCAGUGACAAUGUCUAUGCACUCAAGGCAUAUGCCCUCAAGUUGGGUAAACCCUUCAUUUUUGGGGCCACUCCACAGCAAGAGCGAAUGACGAUUUUGAAGAAUUUCCAAUUCAACGACGCGGUAAACACAAUAUUCCUAUCCAAAGUAGGAGAUACCUCAAUUGAUCUUCCUGAAGCCACCUGUUUGAUUCAGAUUUCAAGCCACUAUGGCUCUCGUAGACAAGAAGCACAGCGGCUGGGUCGUAUUUUGCGCGCGAAGCGUCGUAACGAUGAAGGUUUCAAUGCGUUUUUCUAUUCGCUGGUAUCAAAAGAUACGCUUGAGAUGUACUAUUCAACCAAACGUCAGGCUUUUCUAGUGGAUCAAGGCUAUGCGUUCAAAGUAAUUACACAUUUGCUUGGCAUGGAGAAACUGCCUAAUUUGGCGUACUCUCUACUAUCGGAAAGGAAAGAGCUGCUCCAAAUGGUAUUGCUCCAAAGUGAAGAUGCUGCAGGUCUCGAGAUUGGUGACGAUGCUGACUCUGCCGUCGGUCGUGGCCAAUUGAAAUCUUCAAAGGUGAAAGCUCGCAAAACUCAAGGAUCCUUGGCGAGCUUAGCUGGUGGUGAGGACAUGGCGUACAUCGAGUACAACAAGAGCAAAAACAAAGAACUUAAAAAACAUCACCCGGUUAUCUCGAAGUUAUACUAUAAAAAGUAG